AUGGCUUACGCCUCUAUUCUGGAUCGACCGGUCCAGCUGCGGCAUGACGACGAAGAGGAUGUUGAGCUAGAGUCUUUCGACCAGGAUGAGAACGACAGUGAUCAAUCACAGGACAGCGAGCCUGGCCAAAGCGAUUCGCAAUCUGAUCAGGAGGCCACCGGCGAGUCAGAUGAGGACGAGGACGAGGACGUAGCUCUGGAGGAGAUCAGCUUUGGGGCGCUUGCAAAGGCACAAGAGACGUUCAACCCGAAACUGAGGAAACGAAAGCUGGGAGAGGCGGUAGAAGAAGAAGCAGUCUCGGACAAGGGAAAAAAGAACGAAGAAGAUACAUUCGACACUCGUCGCCGAGCCAAAGAACCCCGUAUCGAUGCGCCGAAACGGACAUCGAAACAUGCCCCUGCCAUUGAGUCGGCUCGAAAGCCUGUCUCACGAAAGAGAACGAUUUUCGAGCCUUCGCCUGCGCUGAAAUUUCGAGACCCGCGCUUCGAUCCCACGGUGAUGUCCUCAAACCGCGACCCCACUGCUGUGGAAAAGGCGAACAAGAACUACUCUUUCCUGACCACAUACCAAGCCGCCGAGAUCCUUGACCUGAAAGCGCAAAUCAAGAAAGCCAAAGACCCGGAAAUGAUUGCUGAUCUAAAGCGACAAGUCAUGUCGAUGGAGGCGAAGAUCCGAAGUGCAGAAGCUCGACAGCGCGAGAACGAAAUCCGCAAGAAACACAAGGAGAAAGAGAAGGAGGCUCUGCGCACGGGACAGAAAGCGAAGCCUUACUUCUUGAAAGAGGCCGACGUGAGGAAACUGGCGAAGGAGGAGAAGAUGCAAGGCAUGAGCAAACGGGCGCGAGAUAAAGCAGAGAAGAGACGCCAGAAGAGAGAAAAGGGCAAAGAUGCCAAAGAUAUGCCUCGGGUCAGACGCGAAGGAUGA